GGAGACGGCAGAAGGCCCAGGACGCAGGUAAAGGCGAGAGGGCACGGGACAGCCCAAGGCCAUGGCACGACAUCCAAGCGAGAAGGUGAUUCCAGAUGAGGUCCAUCAGAACCAGAUCUUGAGGGAACUGUACCUCAAAGAGCUGCGAACCCAGAAACUCUACACGCAGUAUCACGUGAAUCCCUUCCGCAAGAUUCACACAGUCACCAGGAAGCCCAUGUCUUGGCAUGAUAACCUGGAGGAACCUGCAGAUGCCAGGUUUCUGAAUCUCAUUCACCAUGCUGCCCAGGGACCAAGGAAGAAGCACCCAGAGACACAGACUGAAAACCAGGAAGUUGGAUGGUACUUAGAGCCCUUGGUCAAUCCAGAACGCCAUGACCGCAGGCUGAAUUACUUCAGGGUCUGCAGUGACAUCAUUCUGUACAACGCAAAAAUGUGGGGCUUGGGAGAAGAUGAUCGCCACAAGUAGCAUCCCAGCGGAGAAGCCCAUCUGUGGAUGUAACGCCCUAAGUGUGCACAGCCCAGAGAAAUAAAAUAUUACUUUAAA